UGCAGGCACAGCUCUUCAUCAUCAUCAUUAUCAUCAACCUUACAAGAAAAGUUUCUGAGUCUUUAAUUAGGAAAAUGAAUUCCAUCAUUGAAAGUAAUAGAAAACCGCAUGCAGUGCUAACACCUUAUCCACUUCAAGGCCAUAUCAAUGCAGUGUUUAAACUAGCAAAGCUUCUUCACCUAAGAGGCUUCCAUAUAACCUUUGUCCACACUGAAUACAACUACAAACGCUUCCUCAAAUCAAUGGCUAUGUCUCCCAACAACAACAACCACCUUAUUCAUUCCAUUCCGCACUUUCGCUUUGAAACCAUCCCUGAUGGUCUUCCCCAUCCUGAUGAUAAUGGCAAUGAUCAUAAUCAAGAUCUUCUUGCUCUUUUGGACUCAGUCAGGAACAAAUUCCUCGCCCCGUUUCGAAGCCUUCUUGCUAAACUUAUAGACUUGGCCUCAGCUGGUGCUGUCCCUCCAGUUACUUGUCUUGUUUCUGAUGGAACCAUGCCUUUUACUAUACAAGCUGCUCAAGAUCUUGGACUCCCUAUCCUUCUUCUUUUUCCAUCUGCUGCUUCUUCAUUCUUGUCUGCUAUGCACUUUCGCACUCUCAUUCAUAAAGGUCUCAUACCACUCAAAGAUGAGAGUUGUCUGACAAAUGGAUAUUUGGAGACAAAAGUUGAUUGGAUUCCAGGAAUGAAAAAUUUUAGACUCAAGGACCUGCCUGACUUUAUAAGGACAACAGAUCCAAAUGAUCCCAUGUUACAAUUUCUCAUGGAAUUGACAGAUAAAGCUCACAAUGCUAAUGCCGUUGUUUUGAAUACUUUUGAUGAACUUGAGGGAGAGGUAGUCAAUGCUCUCUCCUCUAUGUUACCUGCUAUUUACACCAUUGGCCCUUUCCCUUCAUUUUCCUAUCACAAUCCAGAGGAUCAACAACUGGAAAUUUUGGGUUCUAAUCUUUGGAAAGAAGAUACUGUGUGUCUUGAAUGGCUCGACUCCAAGGAGCCGAGAUCUGUUAUUUAUGUGAAUUUCGGCAGUAUAACAGUUAUUUCGCCCGAGAAACUAUCAGAGUUUGCGUGGGGUUUGGCCAACAGCAAGAAGCCGUUCUUAUGGAUCAUUAGGCCUGACCUUGUUAUUGGUGGCUCGGUGGUCCUGUCCCCGGAGUUUGUUGAUGAGACUCGAGGUAGAGGCCUAAUAGCUAGUUGGUGCAACCAAGAGCAGGUGCUGAACCACCCUUCAGUUGGUGGAUUCUUGACUCACUGUGGAUGGAAUUCUACCACUGAAAGCGUGUGUGCCGGAGUGCCAAUGUUGUGUUGGCCGUUUUUCGCAGACCAACCAACAAACUGUAGAAAUAUAUGUAAUGAAUGGGGCAUUGGGAUUGAAAUUAAAAACGAUGUGAAGAGAAAGGAUCUGGAGAAUCUUGUCAAUGAAUUGAUGGUGGGAGAGAAGGGAAAGAAGAUGAGACAAAAGGUCAUGGAGCUCAAGAAGAAGGCAGAGGAGGUGACUAGACCUGGUGGUUCUUCAUACAUGAACUUGGACAAAGUGAUUAAGGAGGUCUUACUGAAAGAAAACUAGAUUAAA